UCGUCACCAUGUCGCCGCACAGAGUGGCACAUCUCCAGUGCGCAGUGAACACCUCCUGUCCUGCUGCUGUCGUCCACACCUGCACCUUCCUGAGGAUGGCUACAUCUCAUCCACUCGAAUAUUAGGAUUUUAUUUCUUUAAAUCUUCUAAUCUGGGUUUGAUAAUCCGGUUUGGGUUGUUUAAGAACCCGCAGAAGAAAGCAGCACAAUUGUGCGUGGCUUUUGGAUAGCACGAUGCGUUUGGGCUUUUUUUUAAAUUCACCCCUGACUUCUGCGGAUUCGCUGAAUGACUUCAGUCAUUUUAUUUUGUGUGUUUUUAUUUCUCUGAUGCCGUAGCUACGGUGCCUCGUGCAGCCAGCCCUCAGCCACCUCUCUCCUCCUACCAGCCGCAGCGCGGCUCUAAUUGGAGCGACACCAAUUGAUGGAGAUCACCCACUUCUGGCGUUGAGCUCACCGUCCUAUACAGCUGCAGGCUGCUGUGACUGGAUGCUAUUGUUCUGACUGUAACCUGCGUUUGUUUAGACACGGACCCUUUGUUGUUUCCUGGUGACAAUCAUGCCGCUGAACGCGCUGCCCCGCGGCGGCGGCAGCGCCAUCGGCGGCCCUGGAUCCCUGAGUCCAGCGUCGCUGUCCCGCAGCCUGUCCCGGCUGAGAGAGUACCGGACACGGACUAGGAUCAUGCUGGCGUUGGGGGUCUCCCAGAUGGUCCUGGGGAGUCUGAUCCUGGCUGUCAGCUUCGCGGCUCUGGCUCUCACCACAUCGCCCAGAGUCCGGCACUCGUGUCCCUUCUGGGCUGGAUUCUCGGUCCUGCUCUCUGGACUCAUCGGAGUGGUGUCAUGGAAGAGGCCGCUGUCUCUGGUGAUCACGUUCUUCAUGCUGCUGUCUGCAGUGUGUGUGAUGCUCAACCUGGCGGGCUCCAUCCUCUCCUGCCAGAACGCUCAGCUCGUCAACUCUCUGGAGGACUGUCAGCUGUGCGGAUGUGUGUUCUCCCCUCCUCCCCCCCAGAUCAAGUUUGACAGCGAUGGAGUGUGUGUUUGCUGUGAGCUACAGAAGCAGAGCUCCAGCUGCAACAACCUGGGGGAGACGCUGAAACUGAAUCCGCUGCGGGACUGCAACACCAUACGCUUGCGUCUCAAGGAGCUGUUGUUCAGCGUCUGUGCCCUUAAUGUCAUCUCCACCAUUGUGUGCGCCCUCGCCACCGCAAUGUGCUGCAUGCAGAUGGUGUCGACUGAUGUGCUGCAGAUGUUUAUGCCACACAGAGCUCGAGCCUUAAAUGCUGAGUGUAUGACUCCCCACGGCACCAUCCUCCAUCAAACUCUGGACUUUGAUGAGUUCAUCCCCCCCAUUCCUCCACCACCGUACUACCCCCCAGAAUACACCUGCACCCCCUCGAUGGACGGGCAGAGAGGUCUACACCUGGACUUUCCUCAUUCUCCCUUCAGUGCCAUCUAUGGGGUUCCAAUAAACAGUCCAGGAACUCUUUACCCGACCGACCUGCCGCCUCCCUAUGAGUCUGUGGUGGGUCAAACCCCCGCCAGCCAGGUGACCACCAGCAUAGAGCAGCAGGCCACUGAGUCCAGUCUGUGUGAGAGAAACACCACUGCAGGGCUAAGCACGCAGGCCUCAGUGGACAGUGCAUCGUUGAUGGUGUCUGAGGUGGUCGACCACGACCAGACUUGCUCCUCGGAGGACUUGUGCUCCCUAGAAGUCCAGGGUUCUGACUGCUCUCCCUUUGGAACGCUGCAGACUGCCCCCACCAAUGGGAGCUGCACCAGUUUGGAGCUGUACACCCGCGUCUCUUCACGUUGCCAUCGUGGUUUGCCCAACACUGAUGCGCGCCCCAGCGAUACUGGUUACAGCGAGUCUUCACACACCCAGGACUCUCUGGAACGCUCACCGGACUGGUCAUCAGAGAACUUUAGCAAUUUGGACCAGGAGGAUUCUGCAGAGAACUCACACCCAUCUGAGGAACUCAGGGCUUCGAUGCACAUUUGUGACGAGCUGGCCUCAGCCAAGCAUUUACCAGAGGAGCCACCAAAACCGCCGACACAUUCGCUGAUCAAAGCACGGAUGAUGAGCCGUAAGCUAACUCUCCCAGUCACCAUCCCCCCACCGCCUCAGCCUUGCUCCCCCACCUCUGUAGCUUCUUCUGGUGGAACUUCCGCCAUCAGCCCUUUGGCUCCAUCCCCUUCCCCGUCCCCUCCCGCCAAACCACGAGGCCCAAGGUUGUGUUUCAGCGUUUGGUCACCAUCCUCAUCAUCACAGCCCCCGUCUACCUCGGCCCAAAGUGGCCAGUCACCCUCAGAGAGGCCUCGGAUGCUCAAAACAGCCAGGAAGUACCGCAAACUGGCACGCAUCGUCCGCUCCACAAGUGACCCCAUCUCCUGCUCCACAACGACAGGAAGACAGGGAUGUGGUUGCACCUCUGGAAAUAACCUCGCAGCUGAUAACUCAUCCCGUGUGUCUCCACAUGAGCCGAGAGACGUUUCAGCAGAAGUGGUCGGAGCCAAACACGUUAACACUCCCGUCACGAAGCAGCAGAAGGAGGGCAGGAAAGUCGACAUCCAGCUGAAAUCCCGACCCUUCCACGUGCACUCCUCCUAUGAGCGCCCGCACUCCCUGGCUGAUCUUAAGAUGUACAAAGACACAAAAAUAUUAGUGGCCAAAUUCCUGGAGCACUCGAGUUGCAGUCUACCUCCUGAAGUCCAACAGGUCGUCAACAACAUCAAGUGUGUCAUUAAGUCGGACGAGAAACACAUGGAAGAGGCCAUCUUUAGUGCCAACGUCAUCGAUCAGGUGAUGACCCAGCGCGCCGUCGGGAGUCCCAGACACCGCGAACAUCAGGACAUUCACCUCCAGAGCUGCGGUGCUCUGAGCUCAUCCCCAUCUCCUUCCAUGUGCCGGUCAAAACACCUCCCGCUGGAAAACAGCUCCUCUCUCGACCCACGGGGCUCCCCUUCCUCUGAACAAAGCCUUGAUUCCAGAGAAACUAUUCUCUGACCACUUUCCCAACAAGGACUGGGGGCAUGCCAGUGCGCUGGUGCUGCCGAUGCCCGGAGAGUAACCAAAGCCUUCAGACAGUACGGGAUCAUUUGUCGCUCGACGUGACUGCAGUACGAAGCAGCUAAACGCCGCCACGCUCCUCAUAGUGCCCCGUGGGACCGUGCCAAGUCAUCAGCAGAAAUGGUAGCAAACUCCGACAGAGCCCGCCGGACUCUGGAGUGGCUUCACUCUCAUCAGAAACAAACAAAAGAAUGUUUUCUCCCUCAGGAGAUCCCUUUCCCUCUUUUCUUAUUUACAGUUACAUCUCCUAAUAAAAGAAAGGAAUACACAGCUGGUAAGUCUUGAUCUGUGGUGGAAACACAAAAGAAACUGUGUCUGUAUUCCUCUUGUCCUCAUGAGAAACGACGAAAAACAUGUUUGUAUUAAACUGUGAACCGACGUGACAGGGCCUUGUGAUAGGGUGGUGACUAUUUUGUGGUUCAACGACAUCACAGAUGUGGAUCAUUUAAAUUACCUCAUUGUGUUACGAUUCUUAUCAGUGUUACAAUAAAGAUAUGCAUUUGUAUACUGAA